ACAGGAGGGACCAGGUGACUUUGAUUUUUUGGAUCCUCGACGGACCACAGGUAAAACAUAUACGUAGUACUAAUCGGUCAGGUUGCUGUUUUGCCCAGCUUUCUCCCUUGCAAAAGCACGCCCCUUAACCGGAAUCAAGAGGAAAUAACGUCGGCGCAUCCAACCUCGGACAGUAUUGUACUGGUAUUUUGCUGGAUCUCUAGGGUCACGUCAAAUCUCGCGCACUGACCCACUGCAUUAGAAGCUCCAAUUCCUCACCCGAAUCGAUGAGUCAGUCUACUGAGCAUCUUCAAACCGAUCAUAAGAAUCAUGUUAAAGGUUCGGAAGUUUUCAUUGGUGGUUUGGCCCGUACUGUUACUGAAGAAAAGAUCAGAGAGGCAUUCUUUGUUUGUGGCAAAAUUGUUGAAAUACGGCUAGUACAGGACAAGAGUGGCAACUUGAAGGCAGGGUUUUGGGUUUUUACGGUUUGCUACAAAGGAGGCUGCAGAAAAAGCUGUAAAGGAAAGAUCUGGGUAUGAGAUAGAUGGAAAGAAGAUUGGUGUUCUCCCUUCAGUAGAGCAGGAUACACUAUUUUUUGGAAAUCUUAACAAAGGUUGGAGUGCUGAUGAAUUUGAAAACCUUAUACACCAGGUCUUUCCAGAUGUUGUGUCUGUCAAUCUUGUAACACACGGGGAUUUGCAGCCCGGUCAAAAGCAACGGAAUCGUGGCUUUGGUUUUGUUAAAUUCUCAUCCCAUGCUGCUGCAGCUCGUGCGUAUCGAUUUGGUUCCAAUACAGAAUUCCUUCUUGGUAAUUUGCAUCCAGCUAUUCAAUGGGCUGAGGACGAGUCAGAAAUUGAUAAAAAAGAACUUGCUAAGAUCAAAAUAGCCUUUGUUAGAAAUCUUCCAUUAGAAGCAGAUGAGAAUUACUUGAGGGAACUCUUCGAGCGGUUUGGGAAGGUAGAGAGGGUGGUUCUGUCCAGGAAGGGUAAUACCUUGGUGGGAUUUGUUCACUUUGAUACCCGGCUUGAUCUUGAGAAUGCCAUCAAAGAAUUAAAUGAAAAAACAGUACAAGGACCAAAUAGAGGCCAACCAUUUAAACUUCAGGUUGAAGUUGCAAGGCCUAUGGACAAAAGCAGGAAGCGCUCUCGUGAAGAGUCUGAAAACAAGUGCUUCAUUAAGGUUCAGAACAACUCCAAGCCUUUGAAGGAAGGACCUAAGGCAGUUGAUGUCUUUACGACUCACAAAUCUAUUGCUCAAUUGGGUGAGGGAGUUGAAGUUUCUGAUUCUUAUGAGGCUGCUAUAGUUGCCUUACCUGCUGUUGUCAAUGAACGUUUGCUGAGGAUCAUGCGUCUUGGAAUUGCUACUAAAUAUGAUAUAACUGUUCGAAGUUUAACCCGUCUUAGGGAUCUACCUGAAUCUACAGUCAUAUCUAUUCUUGAUCAGUUUAUGUUGUCUGGAUCAGAUGUGCAAAACAAAGCAGCAUAUCUUGAUGGAUUAAUUUCUAAAUAUGCUAUGGAUGGAAAGAACUGGAUUCCUUCUAGUGUUUCAAGAGUUGAAGCUUUGAAGGAACCAGAAACCUGGAGGUACUCCAAACAAGGUUGUCCCCCAGCUGAUGAUUUGUAUGGUCAACGUGUAGCAUCUCCUGCUAGUAGGUCGGGAUUAUAUGUGGAUCACUACUCACCAACAUUUUCUCACCAACCAUUGUUGAGAAGACUUGAAGAAGCUAGCCUCCCUCCAAUACAGCACAUAAGAUCAACAACUUCUGCAGGUUAUGGAAGGGUCAGACCAACAAUCUACAGUGUAGAUGAAACUACUAGUCCUCUGAACCUGCAUGGGUCACCGCCUUCUUCUACCACAUAUGGGAGAGUUUUAGCAACAUUGGAUGGAGCUGAGGAAGCUAGUGCUCAUAGGCAGGUGGCAUAUGGGAGAACAGUAGGAUUAGAGUCUUACUACACAAAUGCUGCUGAUCGCCGACCUACCCGGUCUCAAGUCAGGUUUGACCCUUUCACUGGGGAACCUUACAAAUUUGACCCCUUCACUGGUGAACCUAUUCUCCCUGAAAGUUCAUCACGCCAUUUUUAGAUCCCCACAUUGUUUUUUUUCAUAAUGUUAUCGUGUGUGUAACUUUUUGGUAGCCUAAUUGUGUGCCUGGUGAUGUAUGCUUUAAUUAGUUUGUAAAAUAGUUGGUAAAGCAUUGCCAGUGGACUCUUAGGGGAAGAACAUGUUUCAACUGUAACAAGCAACAUCAUCAUUUACAUGUGACAUCUUUUAAUACGCCUUACUGCUAACCUACUAGGGAAAAGGUCCUCA